UAAUCAUUCAAUCGGAUUGAACAUUUCAAUCAUCUUCAAUGAUAUAUACACGAAUGAUCACAUUAUUAUUUUUGAUGAUUAUUUGCAAAAGGCCCCAAAUUUAGCCUUUCUAAACAAUUGUAUUUAUUUAUCCAACAAAGUUUACCAUCGUUCAGCCAGAUAUGUAAAAAAAAAAAAUUUUUUUGUUUACGCAAUUUAUUAUCAAGGUAAUCGAUGGCCUCCCCUUCCUCCUCCCUCCCCAAAAAAAAAGAUAGUGACAACAAAAAAUCGUUACAAUUUUAGCAUUCGACAAUGAUCAAUCAAUUCAUGAAUUAAUGUACACAAAGGUCAAGUUUGUUUCAAGUGAAUGAAUGAAACAAAUAUGAAAUUAAUACACACACAUAGACAAAAUAUUCAUACAUUGAGGACUUGUAUCAUAUCCAUGAUAUGAUGCGAUGGCAUCGACGACAUCGAUCGAUGAUAAUUGCCACUCUUAUUGAAUGCAUCCAUAAUUAAUUAAGUCAUUCAAUUGCCAUCAAUGUGUGAACACCAUGCUCUUUUUGUAUUUUUCAAUUUUUUAAAUCAAGAUCAAUCAUAAAUGACGUGUUGCCGAAUGUUGAUUCAUGUGAUGUUUUUGUUGUUUUCAAUUAAUUUGCCGCCGAUCCAUGAUGGGUUUCAAAAUUAUUACAUGGAAUAUCAAUGGACUUCGAUCGUUUGGUGGCCCUCAACAAUUUAGACCUGCAAUAUUUGAAAAAUUUGAUGGUCAGGCAGACAUGGUUUGCCUUCAGGAGACUAAAUUAUCUCGUUCAUCGUUAACUGAAUGGAUGGCUUUUGUUUCUGGUUAUACAUCAUAUUUUUCAUUUCCGUCAUCCGAAGCCAAUCACCUGUCUCAUCAAUCAGGCUAUUCUGGAGUGGCAACAUAUGUCCGUGAAAAUAACAAUUGUCGACCUUGGGCAGCUGAAGUUACACUUGUCAAUGAUGUAUUCGAAAUAUUCGCCAAAGAUUUAUUCGAUCAUUUGGAAGAGGAUUCUUUAUUUGAAAAGCGAUGGUCCAGAAAAUUUAAAAGGAAUGCCGAUAGUGAUUACGUUAACUGGAGACAAGUGGAUCGAGAAGGUCGUUGUAUUGUCACUAAACAUGCCAUCCAAAUAGGCGAAACAGAUGCUAGUCAUUGUCAUGGAGGCGAAUGGUUAUACUUAUUCAAUCUAUACUGUCCACGUAAUGAUUCAAGCCGACCAGAUCGUGAAUUAUUUCAGCUCAAAUUCUAUCAUCUAGUCGAACGACGAAUUAAAGCGUUAUUUGAAGACAACAAUAGUCGCAAUCAUGUGAUCGUAGUCGGUGAUCUUAAUACUGCCCAUCAACCAAUCGAUGUGUACAAUGAUGCCGAAUUUGGCUAUUUAGGAUCAAAUUCCCGUAUCUGGUUGCAAGAAUUACUCGACGAUGGUCGAUUAGUGGAUGCAUUUCGUCAUAUGAAUGGUGAUGUAACAGGAGCUUUCACCUGUUGGAACUCACAGAUUGGUGGUCGCUAUACUAAUUAUGGAUCUCGAAUCGAUUAUAUUCUAGUAGAUCGUCGACUCUGCCCAUACAUGCGUCAUUGUUACCAUUUAACCAGUGUUGUCGGUUCUGAUCAUUGUCCUGUGAUGGCCCAAUUUGAUGAUCAAAUUCGGUUUAUUGGUCCUGAUCAUCAAUAUUAUUCAGUUCAUUGCACUAAACAGUGGCCUGAAUUCGAUCCAAUCAAACAACGUGGAUCAAUACGUCAUUUUCUCACCACCACUAAGCCAAACAUAAAUCAAAAUCAAAAUGAUCAAUUUGGAUCAUCGAGCAGUGAUCAAAUUAUCAAAAAACUUAAAUGUGAAAAGCAACAACAACAACAACAACUACAACAGACAAAGAUAUCCUCUUUCCUUACGGGUGUUAAGCAGAUUAGACCUCAGCAACAACCACUGAUGACAACACAAACGAUAGCCAAUGAUGAAGCAACAACAGUAACCAUAGCUAUGCCAAAUCAAUCGGAAAAAUGGCGCCAAUUAUUGGAUGCUAAAUCAAAAAUAGAGCAUAUUCCCUUAUGUACUGGUCAUGGUUUACCUUGCGUACGACGUAAAGUUCGAAAAACAGGCAUAAAUUAUGGCCGAGAAUUUUAUCAAUGUUCAAAACCAUCGUUGAAGCCAGAAGGACAUCCCGAGACUCGUUGUAAUUUUUUCCGAUGGAUCAAAUGAUGAUGAUG